CUAGAGCCUUCGUCGCAGAGACCUUGCGGGCCAUCGCCAUUGCAGAGAGAGAGAGAGAGAGAGAGAGAGAGAGCCGCCGCACCCAGAAUUCGCCGACGCCGCCGGAGAUUUUAUCUCGCCGCCGUUCCACACACACCGCGACGUGGACAGCCAGCACCGCUGUUAUUCUUGAACCACGGUACCGUACCGUCAUGGGCAUGUUGAUGAACAACGACGACAGCAGCAGCAGCAGGACUAGCAUGCAUCCACGGCCGCAGGUCCUUGCUUCCCUGCCCUUGCUGGUCUACGAAUACGAGGAUCAUCCCAAUGCCACAACAAGGAUGCUCAUAUAUAGCCUACCCGAGCGGAGCAUUGUCUACACGCACAACAGCAGUAGGCCCCAGAUGAUGAUGAUGGAGGGUAACUUAUCCUUCAGCACCCCUCAAGGAUGGCUGGUCAUCCUUGGACAAGCGUCAGAGGCCUCGAUCUGGCAUCCGCUCACCGGAGAGACCAUCACGCUCCCACCAAUACACGGCGACCACCGUAUCCCCGAUAGCUGCAAGUGUCUGCUCACCCGCAGCUCCGUCGCCCACCCGGACUGCGCCGUCGUGCUUCUCGACGUCAACGAUCCUCUCAUGUGGUUCUGCCGGGUGAAUGGCGGGGCCGACAGGAUGUGGGUGCAGCACGCCUACGACAUUGGCGACCACUACUUCCCCGAGGAGUUCCGCACUCCCUCCACGCCCACCAAGAAUGUUGUCGACGACGUCGCCGCGCUGGGAGGGAAGCUGUAUUUUCGCUUCACCGAAUCAGACCAAGACUUCAUGGGCGUCUUUGACUUCGAUUUCCAUGGCCAUACUCCCGCCGUGGAGUUUUACGAGUUUGAUGUCUCCGAAGAGUUCAACCUCAAGUUUCCCGAGGGCGUGUGCUCUGCCUCCAUCCACUUGGUGGAGUCCAUGGAUGAGCUUUUUGCUGUCUGCAUCUUCUAUGUCGAUUUUGAUCCCACCAACAUUAGCGCCGCUCAUAUCUUCAAGAUGGAGGAAAUCUGCGACGAGGAACCCGUGGCCUGGCACCGGGUGGAUGAUAUUGGCGACAGGGCUUUCCUCCUGACGGGCACCAACAUGUCAACUUGGUGCUCUGCAAGCACGAAUAACCUGAAAGGGAACUCCCUCUACUUUCUAGGCCACUUAGUAGCUGGCCACAGGAAUCUCUGCAUCUAUGAUAUUCAGGAGCAAUCCAUGGAGAUUGUCCAGGUUCACGACCAAGAAGAUAUGGAGAUCGUGCGCACACCGCCAUACUGGAUUAAUGUACCUCCGUGCUAGUAUUAGCCUAUUACAAUGUAAUUUGCUUAAUUAAUGUAGCUUGCUUGCUAGCUAGUGCUAUUUACUGCUGCCACUACUAUAUAGUAUAUUGAAUCAAUAAAAAUAGAGUUUGCUCGGGUUUUUGC